UUGUUCAGCACGAACCGGUUCCCAGAUGCCCUUCUCUCUUGCGCGCGGCAGGGAUUCUUUCGAAGAAUGUCUGGUAGGAAUUGAAAACAUUACUGAACACACUACACCACUCGCACUGCACCGCACAGCACAAGCAGACGUGCAUUAGUGCGGAUAAGUUGUAACCGCGCGCUCUUUCGGUUCGUGUGUCUGUGCAAAAAAAAAUCUAAACAACCGGAGGACGAAGAGCAACAAACGCCAAAAUCUACGAGGGAGAGAAAUAAUCAAAUUCCAAUUCAACUCGAGUGAACGAAGAGAUGAAAUAAGUUGCGAAAAGGCGCAGAAAAUUAAACACGAAGGAGUCUCUCAGGGAUGUUUGAAGUGCGAUGGGGUGGUUCGAGGUAAUCAGUUUCUACGCAGCGCUCGUGCACGUUCUUGGAUCCAUUACGAGCGUCGCCUCAGAAGUGGGACGCAUCCAUAAGAUUUCGUCCCCGACUUCCAUAGCUCUUCCGCUGAACGACGAGACGAUCCUGAUAUGCGAGAUGAACAUCGUUCCCGACAAAUUCGAGUGGAGGUUCUACAAACUGGACGAGUCUCAGGUGUCGAAUCCGAACGCUCUUCUGAAUCUGACCAGGGAUUACGUGGAGCUGCCUCCGAAGCGGUUCACCAACGACAAGAAGAAAUCGACUCUGACGAUAAAGUUGACCAAUUCCUCUUCGGCCGGGGAUUACCAAUGCCUGGCGCAUUACGGUGCUUCCGUCGUCGCUUCGGUUCCGGAUCGGAUAACGCUUACGACUCUUCGGAAUUUCCCGGUGCAGCAUACCACUCAUGCGGUCGUCUCUUCUGGGAACACCGUGGUGUGGAAAUGCGAUCCGCCCUAUUCGAAUCCUGCGGCCUACGUCGACUAUUAUUACAAGGAUAAACCGUGCCCCAAUUCGCAGGGAUCCUCGCUCGUUCUCCAGAACAUCGCCGAAGAUCAAUCCGGAUUGUACAAGUGUCAAGCGAUGAACAGUCUGAAUCCUUCCUCGAAGGUCACUUCAAGCGGUAAUCUCAAUAUCACAGUAAAGGCGCACAUGCAAGCUGAGAAGCCCAGAUUCAUAGUCCAACCACAAUCCAUCUACAUUCUUCAGAAAGGUCAAACGUUGUUUUUGGAAUGCGGUGCGGUGGGGACGCCGGUACCGACGGUAUCUUGGGAGAAGAAAAACGGGAUUUUACCAAAGAAUCGCACCGAGUUCGUGGCAGGCGGUCUGCGGAUCGUCGACGUGGUGCCAGAAGACGACGGCGUGUACAUCUGCAAAUACUCGAAUUACAAAGGAUCCGCCACUCAUCUGAUCACCGCGAUGUACAACGAAGAGCCGACCAUCAUCCACGGCCCGAAAAGCACUCACGCCAAGGAAGGCGAAAACCUCGAGCUCGAAUGCACGGCCAGAGGUGUACCUCAACCGAGGAUCACCUGGUUCCUGAACGGCCAGAACGUCCUAGGCGACAAGAACAUCGAAGCUGUAGAGAACAUCCUGUACUUUGUUCCGUUCGAGAAACGGCACGCCGGAAUCAUCCAGUGCUUCGCCACGAACAUGUACGGAACGACUUACAGUAGCGCCGAUCUGGAAGUGAUCCCCAAGCAGAUAUCGAGCGCUAACGCCGUCGAAGAUGUAGUCGUUGCUCCGGUCGUUCCCAAUCACAAGCGCGGGAAGAACAACAAGAAAUUGAAGCACAAAGGAACAGCGGAGAUGAUCCCACCUGGUAGACCGAUAAUCUCCAGGUUGAACGAUGAGUCGGUGGUGGUGCGAUGGUUCGUGCCGACGAACGACGGUCUUCCCAUCCAGUUCUUCAAAGUCCAGUACAAAGAAUUGGGACCGGGGAAGAGAUCCAAAUGGAAGACGACCAACAACGAUAUAGCCCCGAACAUACGCAGCUACGAAGUCAAUAAUCUUAAGCCCGAACACACUUACAAGUUUAGAAUAGCGGCGGUCUACAGCAACAACGACAACAAGUUGAGCCCGAUCAGCGAUAAGUUUCAUCUAAUCAGAGCGGAUUUCUCCACGAACAAUCCGCUACCUAUUCCAAUCCUGAAGCACACAGAAACCAUAAAUACUACUUCAAUCAGAAUAUUCUGGGAGUACACGCCUUUCCCGAAUAUAACCGUCGAUGGUUUCUACGUUAAUUACAUGUCUGCGAGCAGCGCCGGAGAUUACAUGAAGGCCACAGUCGAAGACGAAAAAACUAACACUUACAUCAUAACUCAUCUAAUACCGGACACCGUCUACGACAUCAAAUUGCAGAGCUUCAACUCGAAGAUGGCUGGACUAUUUAGCCCCAUCCUGAAGCAAAAGACUGACAAAUUAGCCACAGAAUCUCCACUGACGACGACGGUGAAGAGCAAAUCCACCGACGAAUCCGCUUCAGAUUCUCAACUCUACAUAUUCAUCGGGGUUGGAGUACUCGUGGUGACUGUUUUGUUAAGCGUAGUCGUACCUUUGAUAAUCUGCACGAAAUGGAAGCAGAGCAAAGAGGCGGUCAACGCUCGAGGGGAGAGGACGAAUAAAUCCUCCGCCGACGAAAUAAGCCAUCACAUUCAGGCCGAAGCGAACGAGUACGUGGUGACGCAGAAGAACUCGAAGAACAAUGGAUGCGGCCCGAAUAGGAUCACAAUAACAGCGAAUCCUUUAGCGGACGCUGAUAACAAGAGUCAAAACAUGAUAGAAAUGUCGUGUUUGUCUUCUCAAAACAACAACUGCACGUCGUCGGCAAGCGCGGAUGGUCAGGACCAGCAGCCGUCACAGCAGCAACAGCAACAGCAACAACAACAGCCACAGCAGAAUCAGCAACCUCAGGAGCAGACGAUGAUGAUCAAGGCUAAGCACAAGAGCAAAAGGCGAAAACACGCCGUCGACGGUUCGUCCGGAGAGAACUUCGUCUGAGACUGAGAGAGAUAGAGUGUGAGAGAGAGAGUAAAAGAAGAUGUGGUGAAGAUGUCGAUCGAGAUCCAAAGAAUGCAAACAACAUCCAAGAUCUCUUCAGCACUUCAAGCACAACAAAGCACAAUCAUACUUGCCAUAUCCCAUUGCAGUUGUAUCUCCGAUAUUCAGUUACUUAGUACAACGAACAAAUAUGUACAUAAUUUAUUAUAUUAGUUAAUAAGAAUCAUGAUCAUGACUACUACCUUCGCUGCCUAUUUUUUUUUUUGUUUUGUUUGUUUUGUAACUUCAGUAUUACACGUAGCUAUUAGUAAUCAGUAAUUACUAUUUAAGUUUAUUUUUUCUCUUAUUUAAGUAACGCACACUUAUGUAUAUACGAAUGUACAAUAAAUUAGACUUUAGACUUUAAUUCAUACGAAAAUAUUUUUUUUUGUUGUUGUCGUAAAGUAGAAAUUUCUUCGCAUUGUUUUAAUAUUAAUAUCACUUGCGCACAACUUUCGUAAACUGAGAACUACCUGCAUAUUAUUUACUUGCCUUGUCCUACCUUUCAUGCGGAUCUACUUAAUUUAUUGUUAAUAAUUUAUGUUUUUUUUAUUGUUGUUGUUGUUUGAAACGCAUUCAAAAUGUACCCAAGCUUCCUCACCAACAA